GACUGCGCAUGCGUCGCUCUUCUCCCUGCCUGGUGGUGGAGUAGGGCCAGGUACUUGUGGCUCCGCUGUUCACCGACAAUAAGCGUUCCCUUCCUACGGAGUGUGUUGGCGAUGGCGACGGCCGAGGAGAAGCAGACGUCACCUGAGCCCGCGGCCGCGGAGGAGCCCGCGCAGCUGCCGGCCGCCGUACGCGCGAGCGUGGAGCGGAAGCGGCAGCGGGCACUGAUGCUGCGCCAGGCUCGGCUGGCUGCGCGGCCGUACCCCGCGGCGGCGGCGGCCACGGGAGGCGUGGCCAGUGUAAAAGCAGCUCCCAAAAUGAUUGACACCAAAGGUGGCUUCAUUUUAGAAGAGGAAGAAGAGAAACACGAGAUUGGAAACAUUGUUCAUGAACCAGGGCCCGUCAUGGAGUUUGAUUACACCAUCUGUGAAGAAUGCGGGAAAGAGUUCAUGGACUCGUACCUUAUGAACCACUUUGAUCUGCCAACAUGUGACAGCUGCAGAGAUGCGGAUGAUAAACACAAGCUUAUAACCAAGACAGAAGCCAAGCAAGAGUACCUUCUGAAGGACUGUGAUCUGGAGAAAAGAGAGCCAGCGCUCAGGUUCCUUGUGAAGAAGAACCCACGCCACUCACAGUGGGGCGAUAUGAAGCUCUACCUAAAGCUACAGGUGGUAAAGCGGGCUCUUGAAGUGUGGGGUAGCCAGGAAGCUCUGGAAGAUGCAAAGGAAGUGAGGCAGGAAAACCGAGAAAAAAUGAAGCAGAAGAAGUUUGAUAAAAAAGUAAAAGGCGUUGUGCUUCAGCCUCAACAGACUCCAGGACCAAGGAGACAAGCCCCAAGCCACACUGAAUUCCAAGUCCACGUCAGCUCGGUCGGUGACACUACAGGAUCUUGGACAAAUCCUUCUUGGAGGUGCAGGGCCUGACCAAUGCUUUCAGCAAUGGCUGACACACCUGCAGUCAUCUGAGAGGUAGAAAAACUGGUGCCUUUUUAUACUUUGAGAUCGCAGUUUAAAGUAACUUUCAAGAUUUCCGCGUGGAUUUAUAUUUAGACAAAGUUGGGGAUUGGUACUAAUAAUCCUUUAGCCUAACAAGUGAU